GAAGAAAAAAGAGAUAGAUUAGUAGAAUGAUGAACAUGGAUGAUGUUGUGAUCCAUGUUAAAGGAGUGUUGGAGAGAGCAAACUCACCAAUAACUAAAACGUGCUGCAUCUACAGAGUACCCUUACUUAUUCGCCAACUCAACCAAAAAGCUUACACCCCAAAGGUUGUUUCCAUCGGCCCUUAUCAUCAUAACACCCACCGUCUUCGGAACAUGGAAAGACACAAAGUAAUGUAUUGCAAGUCAUUUCUCCAACGAACCAACACAAAUAUGGAAACUUGGAUCAAAUAUAUCGCAGGUAAGGAACCUCAAAUUCGUAAAUGCUACUCAGACGCAAUUCAAUUCAACACGAAAAAACUGGUAGAGAUAAUAUGCGUCGAUUCAGGUUUUAUACUCGAACUCUUUUGGAUAGCUCACCACUAUAGGACAUCCGAGACGUAUCUCUCAACACCAUGGUUUGAAAAUGCAAUAUUUUCUGAUCUGUUGUUGCUCGAGAACCAACUUCCUUUUUUUGUUCUCAAUGAUCUCUUCGGUUUGUCUGUCGACGAUGACACCACAUCAUUUAUCCAGCUUACGUUUGAAUAUUUUCAGUAUUUCAAUAAGUCCAAUCUGUCACAUAGCCAUAUUACAUGUCAUCACUUCACGGAUCUGUUACGAACAUUUCAUUUAUAUGAAAGAGAAAAAACCACAAGGAUUUUCCACACAUGGCCACAUAUCCCUAGUGUCACUAAGUUGUCAGAAGCAGGAAUAAGGUUUGCAAGCAUCAAAACUAAUUGCUUACUGAACUUGAGUUUUUCAAAACGGGUUCUUAAAAUCCCAAAAUUCAAAAUGACUGAUAACACCGAACUGUGGUUUCGCAACAUGGUGGCUUUGGAGCAGUUUCACUAUCCCAAAGAAGCCUACAUAACAGAGUAUGCUCUUCUUCUGCAAUAUCUAGUAAACUCAGGGAAGGAUGUGGAUAUACUGGUUAAAGAGGGAAUUAUGGAGAAUUUAUUAGGUGACAGUGAUGUUGCAGCAGAAAAGACUAAACGUCUUUGCAGAAAUAUCGUUCUCUCAGAUUUUAGUUCUGAUUACAUUUCUCUUUGGCAAGACUUGGAUGCUUUGUAUAAAAGUCGAAGUCUUAAAUUGAAGUCAACUCUCAGACGUGAUUACUGUAGAGGACCUUGGCAAACUGCUGCUACCUUUUCUGCAGUUAUUCUCCUUAUUCUCGCUUUUAUUCAAACAGUUUGCUCUGUUUGGCAGACAACAUAGUAUUAAAAUGUCUCACCUCAUAAUCUUGUUCCUUUCUUGUUUCUUUUUUAUGUGUGUCCUCUUUCUCUGAUUCUUCACUUACUUCUUUUCAAUGUUCUGUUUGCAGUAUCUUUUUGUUAUA